CUCCAUCAUGACUGGAGGCCAGUGUAUCCGCAGCACAGUGGUGUCAGUCAUCUCUGAGCUCUUUAAGGGUCUGGGGACGUGACUUAGAGUGUGUUGUGUCUCCACGGACCCCACGCUGAGCUGCCUUUCCGUACGGGGCGGGGUGGCGCUCGAACAGACGCAGAGCGCAGAGCGCACCGUCACCAGCUGCUCUCCCCGUGCCUUCUGCGCGUCUGACAGGACACCAUGGGACUGGAGAAGGAGAAAUCGGACACUAGUAUCAUUAUGGACGCAGAUGAGUUCAACAGAUCGAUUGAGCCUAUUCUGUCGAAGAAGGGGAAAGUGUACGCAGCGGAGCCGGACCGAGAUCCAAACGAUGUCAACGCGCACUUGAAGGUCGGGUUUGAAGAUGUCAUUGCUGAGCCGGUCUCCGCGCACAGCUUCGACAAAGUGUGGAUCGGAAGCCACGCUGCGUUCGAACUGGUCAAAUUCAUCUUUUACCGGCUGCUGACCACUCUGCUGGCCGUGCCCAUAGCGUUCAUCCUCGGUCUGGUGUUCGCGGUGCUCAGCUGCAUCCACAUCUGGUUGGUGAUGCCUGUGAUCCAGAGCUUCUUGAUGCUCCUACCGUCCGCCCGGAUUGUGUGGAGGAGUCUGACGGACAUGUUCAUCACACCGCUCUUCCACAGCAUGGGAAAGAGCCUGUCCUCCAUUCAAGUCCAAACCACCGAGAACUGAUGCAGACGGGGGGAAGAAAUGCAGGAGUGAAUGAUCCAAGUGGUAUGAGUUCUUAUAAAGUAAAUAAUAAAAUCCUGGAGAAUCCUGUAAACAAGAUUAACUACUGUAGAUGGAACAGUGAACAGACCCUCUCCUGUUUAUCAUGACAGGAACUUAGCGCUACAGGAACUUUAAUAAGAUACAACAUAACAAGCAGUUAUAACAAACGCUUCAGACUUUAUAAGGAGCUCAGUGUUACCACUCAGAGCUGAGUUGUUUUGUUGAUUGUGACCAAAACAAAAUUCUUGUCAUUCCAUUAUUUUGAGUGUAUUAUUGUUAAAGCUAACAUACUGCUGACUGGCUAUGAGAUGUCAUAUUUCUGCUUUCUUUAUAUGUAUAUAUUGCAAAGAGUUCAGCUAGAAGUUGAAUGUAAUGAUGUGAAUAUUAAAUGCUGAGACGCAGCUUGUUGCACAUUCACAGGCUUAUUUUAUCUGCUGUGUUGAUCUCACAGUGCAUUGGCAAUAUCAGGCUUUAGCUUUCUUAUGGACCUAGAAGCUAUAUGCAGUAGAGCUUUAUUAACAUGAAUCUAUGUUAAAAAAAAAAAACAGACUAAAUAUCCUCAGAGGGGUGGUGUUCUAAUUUAUUAUUUAUGCAAUCAUCGGCAAACAUUUGGUGGUGUCUGACUCCAAAGAAGUUGAAGACGUACUGCUGGGUUGAGCUCAGACUCUGGUACAUGCACAUUACAUUUAGAGGUGCUUGCUGUUUGCUACAGAGCUGCCAGUGCUCAGGCUGUGCUGAGAACCAUACUUCUACAGCGAGAAGGACUUUAAAGCUAGGGUUGGUAAUCCUGGAAAAGAUCACAAGAGAAGGCUACACUUUGACAGAACACAAACGAUAUAUCCCACCUCCUCCCAUCAGCCCUCUGGUCAAUGCUGAGUCUCCAAAACACAUGAACGUGCACUGACAACAGCUAGAUAACUACUUUUCAGUGAAUUGCUUUCCACCUUCUGACUGUCGUCUCAGGCAGGUCGGUUUGUUAGGUACACAAGCCAAUCAUUUCAUGUGAAUGAGACCGAUUGGUUGUGUUUACUACAGUCCUACAGCUAGGGCCACAGACACCAGCUUUUUCCAUUGAUCAUUGAUGGCUCUCGGGAUGUGAAGAGGAUUUAAACAAAUAUGAUAAAAAGUUCUUCUGAAACAGAUUACCAACCCUACCUCUAAUCAGCCACAUCAUUUCUCUUUUUGCUGUGGAUUUGAUAAAGUUCACUAGCUCUGAGCUGUACAAUCUGACAUGUAGAAGACGAUAGAGAGAGAAUGAGUGGAGCUGAGUUUCUUUUGUGUGCUGAUACUGAAAUGUGCUUUAUAGAGAGAUUUCCCCUUUUUCCUUUUGCUAUUACGUGUGAACAAACCUGUAAUAAACAGAUGUAUUUUCUAAGACCA